AUGUGUGAUUGUACUACCUUAACACAAGCUGGAUAUGUGGGCGAUGAUGUUGACACAGUUCUUCAAAAACUCGUUAUAAACGCACAUGGAAAUGUGGAAAAGGCUCAACAUGGCAUCGUCUUUCUUGAUGAAUUCGACAAAAUACAUUCAUCGAUUGAUCCUGUACACUCUACUGGGAACCGUGACGUUAGCGGAAGAGGUGUCCAGCAAGCUUUACUGAAGCUAGUUGAAGGAACGGUAGCAAGGGUAAAAAUACCUGGUCAAAUGGGCAAGAAGAUCGACAUCGAUACUACAGACAUCCUGUUCAUUGCUUCCGGUGCAUUUCCCAAUCUUGAAGAGAUUGUUGCUAGAAGAAUUGAUAAGCGAUUUGGGAUGGUUGCGGAGUUAGUGGGGCGUUUUCACAUUCUUGUACCGUUCCAUGCUUUGGACGAGAAGAUGCUGAUCAGAGUUCUGCAAGAACCAGGCAAC